AUGGCGGCGUGUGGUUCUCUAUUGGGCAGGGUCGAGCUCUCUGUUCGAAACUUGGACAGCCUGAGUAGAAAUAGGCGGAUGAUGAAAUUCAUGACUUGGGUAGAUGUUCCUGAUCGUAGUAGACAGAUUGAUUGCUACAGAAGUGCCGACCCUGGUAGACAGAUAGGCUGCUACAGAGGUGUGAAGAACCUCAAAAGUCGAGAGCCUCGUGGCAAAAAUAUGAGUUAUAGAUGCUUUUGGUCAAAUAUACAAGGCAAAAGUUGGAGCAGUAGUCCUUUACUGGAGGCCGGAGCCAAGCGUUUCGAUGCAUCUCCUGCUUCGUCGUACUCUACCCGUGCUGCCUCAGAUGUGACCUUUGAUGGAUCUGCAAAGCAAGAUCAACUUGAUAAUCCUGCGGUAUCACCUGAUCAGUAUGUUUUCUUUGAUUUUUAACAUUUAUUCGUGUUAUGCUCUUAGUUAUUUUCAAUGAAAAGCAUGCAUGGCAAUUUAUUGUACUAUUUUUGGUUUUCUUGCACAUUGGUAAAAUUUUGAGAAUCUCGAUCAUUCAUUUCAGCAGUGCAUGAAGAUUUAUGUCUGACAAAGUCUUAUAAUUAUAUUAAUCUAUAUUAUUAUUUUUAAUGUGGAGCAAUGCAACGUGUAGGUUGCCUAAUAAAGCUGCUUCAAUGCGAAGCAUUGGCAAAAUUGGUUCCCAAUGUUCACAAUUUCCUUUAGGCCAUCAGCUGCCAAACAGAUAUAUGUGUCUGUGCGUAUAAUUUGUCUGUUCUGAGAAACGCGUAGUCUAUCUUAAGAUUUAGGAGUUUUGCAUUUUUAACUCCCACAUAUGCGAUUGAAAAUUUAAAAUUUAAUGCGGUGAAAUGAAAAUUUCUUUCUUCGUAUUCAAAAAAUAUGACUAAUCCAGAUUAUAAUUGCGGUACCCCGAUCCGAUUUUAUGUGUUUAUUCGUGAUAUCAGAUAUUCUGCUGUAAUAACUCAUACGAAGAAGAGAAUUUUAACAGGACGAACUGCAAUAUCCUGUUUCCAAGACAUUUUUCCAAAUAACGGCACAUUAACCCUAAGCUUCUCCGACAGGAUUUUCAAAAACUAGGACGUUUCAAAAUUGUUUAUUGCGUUAAUGUGUAUCGUGUUUAGCAGAGAUGAAAGUUUCCAUUCUGUGAUUCUGGAGCCUAGUAUCUAUGAGAAAAAGCAAGCCCCGCUUCCAUAACCUCUUUUAAUAUUCAAUUAAAUCUGACGAAACUAUAGACAAUAUUAUUGAAAGAAUUAUCUUCUCUUUUGGGGCACAAUACAAGCAAUGGUUUUUACGUGGCUUUUGAGGACAUGAAUUUCUUCUGUUUUUGGAUUCAGUUCUCUCUUCUUCUUUUUUUACCAGUGCUGAAAAUUAUAAAUUCAGCCAAAAUAUUACUAUUUGUUGAGUCUUAUUUCCCCUAAUAGUUGGUCUGAAUCUCCAAGUAUCUACUUAAAGAAAGGAGUUGAGUUGAACGAUAUGCUAUAAAGAUGAUGAAUAAUACCCGUGAAAGGAUCUAUCCCCACAGAGAAAAAAAUUAUUCCGGCUGUUUCAUUUGACGCCGUGGUUUUUGUUUGAAGAAUGUGGCAGCAAUCUGCGAAACGAUUCCAUAUCUCGAGAUUGAUUUGAUUUAUUUUUGCGUACAGGAGAGUGGUUGGGGAACGAAAACUAAGGCUAUCAUCGGGGUCUUGUUAUCUGCCGCACCCAGCUAAGGAGGAAACCGGAGGAGAGGAUGCCCAUUUCAUAUGCGUUGCCGAGCAGGCCAUCGGUGUGGCAGAUGGUGUCGGCGGAUGGGCAGACCUGGGCGUUGACUCAGGGCUGUACGCUCGUGAGCUCAUGUCUCAUUCUGUUUCGGCAAUCCAGGAAGAGCCCAAGGGGUCCAUCGAUCCAGUGAGGGUUCUCGAGAGGGCUCACUCAAGCACCAAGGCCAGGGGUUCAUCAACGGCCUGUAUCAUCGCUCUCACUGACCAGGUUCGCCCAAAUCUUUCUUAUGUUUCUUAUAAACCUUGACUUUAUCUGUAAAGGAGUUGCAGGCUUCGAUGUCUCCUGAGAAAGUCAGCGAUGAUCUUCCGUCUCCUCCCCCCCCCCCUGUGGAUCCCUUGUUUUUGAUGCCUCCACUCGCCUUCCUGAUUCAGGGCAUCAACGCCAUCAACCUCGGGGACAGCGGGUUCAUGCUCGUCAGAGACGGCUCCGUCGUCUUCCAGUCCCCGCCCCAGCAGCACGACUUCAACUUCCCCUACCAGCUCGAGAGCGGCAACCUCAGCGACCCCCCCAGUUCUGCCCAGGUCAGCUGGUCAACCCCCCCCUCUCUCUCUCUCUCUCUCUCUCUCCCCUGUUACUACUGCGAAUACUACUUGUACUGCUGCUACUAGAUUUGUUGACUGAAACAAAUCUCUCUCUCUCUCUCUCUCGCUCUCUGGGGCAGGUCUUCACUGUGCCGGUGGCGGCGGGGGAUGCGAUCGUGGCGGGGACGGACGGGCUCUUCGACAAUCUCUUCGGGAAGGAGGUGACGGCGGUGGUGGCACGGGCGGUGCGAGACGGGUUGGGGCCUAACGCGGCGGCGGAGGAGAUCGCCGCCCUCGCCCGCCGGCGGGCCCUCGACCGCAACGGUCAGACCCCCUUCUCGACGGCGGCCCAGGAGGCCGGCUACUGGUACACCGGCGGUAAGCUCGACGAUAUCACCGUCGUCGUCUCCUUCGUCACCUCAUUUGACCAGUGA